GCUCCGGCUCCGCUCGGCUCCGCUCCGGCUCCGCUCCGGCAGACGGCUCCUCUAACCCAGCCAGAGGGGCAUCAUUGGAUUAUCACCCAGACCGGGACCUUAGGAAGGACUGCAACACAGCAGGAGCCUAGGAGGCAGACAAGCUGCCAGAGAGGAUUCAACAUGACGUGCAGGCUGUGAGUGUGUGUAUGUGUGUGUGUGAGCGAGGGCAGAGUGUGUGUGUGUGUGUGUGAGUUUGUGUGUGUGGUGUGUGUGUGUGCGGCUACAUGCCCGAGCACAGGGAGCAGAUGGUUCUCCUCGGGGGGAACAUGACCCCGGAGCUCCUCCUCCUCCUGCAGAACUGUUCCAACUGCAGCCAGCAGGGGGCGCCCUCCUCCGCCGCGCCCGAGCUGAACGUGACCAAGGCGGUGGUGCUGGGGCUGGUGCUGGGCGUCUUCAUCAUGUUCGGCGUGCUCGGCAACAUCCUGGUCAUCCUGUCCGUGGUGUGCCACCGGCCGCUGCGCACGGUGACGCACAUCUUCAUCGUGAACCUGGCGGUGGCCGACCUGCUCCUCAGCUCCCUGGUGCUGCCCUUCUCCGCCAUCUUCGAGAUCCUGGGCCGCUGGGUGUUCGGGCGGCCCUUCUGCGACAUGUGGGCGGCGCUGGACGUGCUCUGCUGCACCGCCUCCAUCAUGAGCCUCUGCGUCAUCUCCGUGGACCGCUACAUCGGCGUCAGCUACCCGCUGCGCUACCCGGCCAUGGUCACCGAGCGCCGGGCCCUGCUGGCGCUGGUGGCCGUCUGGGCGCUGUCCGUCACCAUCUCGGUCGGCCCGCUGUUCGGCUGGAAGGGCCCCGCGCCGGAGGACGAGAGCGUGUGCGAGAUCACCGAGGAGCCGGCCUACGCCAUCUUCUCGGCCGUGGGCUCGUUCUACAUCCCCCUGGUGGUCAUCCUGGUCAUGUACUGCCGCGUGUACGUGGUGGCGCGGCGCGAGAGCCGCGUGCUCCGCAAGGGCCGCAAGACGGAGCGCUCGGAGCACGCGGCCGAGUGCGUGACGCUGCGGGUUCACCGGGGCAACACCACGGCGUCGGAGGACGAGGCCAUGCGCAGUCGGACGCACUUCGCCCUGCGGCUGCUGAAGUUCUCGCGGGAGAAGCGCGCGGCCAAGACUCUGGGCAUCGUGGUGGGCUGCUUCGUGCUCUGCUGGAUGCCCUUCUUCCUGGUGCUCCCCAUCGGUUCCAUCUUCCCGGCGUAUCGGCCCUCGGAGACGGUGUUUAAGAUCACCUUCUGGCUGGGCUACUUCAACAGCUGCAUCAACCCUCUGAUCUACCCCUGCUCCAGCAAGGAGUUCAAGAAGGCCUUCCUCAGCAUUCUGAGGGUGCGCUGCCUGAAGAGCCCCACGCGGGGCACCCACCCCCACCCCUUCCACCACCACCACCACCACCACGCCCCGGCCCCCCCACACGCCUCCCCCCACCACCCCCACCCCACCCCCACCAGGGCCUCUCCCUGAGCCCCGAGGGGCCGCACCGGCUCCUGCCGCCUCAGCCCGUCCUCCUCCCUGGCGCUGUCCCGCACGCCGUCCUCCAGGGAUGGAGACUGGUCGUCCGCCUGCGGGGGGGCUUCUGGGGGGGGCGCGGGGGGGGUGAGGGCGGCGGGGCUCUGCAGUAAGAGCCUGCUCAGGGCCUGCUGCUGUGUGGAGAGCAACACACACACAACACCACACGCCAGUAACUCCCUGCCUGUCAUCAAGAUCCACAAGCUCUCUCUGUGCGAGAACGGAGAUGCUGUGUGAACACACACACACACCACACACACAC